CCAGACACUCCACGACGGUCGCCGACGCCUUCCCCAGACAUUAUUCGGGCGUGAAUUUGCCGUUUAGCACCAUGACCAAACGAAAAUCCGACACUGGCCCGGUUUUGCCGCGCAAAAGGGCCAAGCUAACGCAGCUCCACGAUCCGUCCGAACCUCAGAGUUGCGAUGUCUUCCUCGCGCCAUCGCGGCCGCCGUCACCAGUGAUGCCUCCACGACUCGAAAGGCGCAAGAGGAAUAGGGCGGAUACUUCACAGACCGACUCGGACGAAGAGCCGGGCGCAAAGCGGGCUAGGACGAACUACAGCUCAGGCAAUCUAACCAGACGCUCUCGAAGCUCAUCUCCAGAGCUGUGGUCAAGCAUUGGAUAUGAGCCAGAACAAGAAAAGAAGCCAAAUCCGCGAGCAGAGGCAUUUCAAAGGGCGUGGACAGACGCAGAAUCAGUGUGCAGCUGCCAGCCACAGACUGUUUAUCGAAAUCCACUACCGAGCCCAGUGCCUUCAGAUAGGGACGCAAGCGAGCCCGUUGGAGACGAUUUCGCAGCUGUCAGCGCGACCUCUCUACCACAGCAGUCUAAUUUAAUAUCCCAGCCAUCACCAUCUUCGAAGUUGCAGCAAACGACUCUACAUGGCCCCUCUCCGCUCGGAAGGAAACGUCGAAUCUCUCGCCGGCAGUCUACAAUCCCUACCCCAGCAUCAUCUCGUGGAAAAGAAUCUCAGCGGCAACCACGGCAGAAGAAACACAGCCGCAAAGAUCAGCUGCAAGAGAAUAAUGAUCCAUCUCUCAUUGAAACUAUUUUACACUCAAGGCGGUCUUCUAGACGGAGUCCAGGAUGCGAACUGUGGUAUUUAAACGACAAUGGCAUUGCGUGCGCAGUUAUGGACAGCAGGUGAUUUUAAACCAUGGGGAAUCCAACAUCGAGUACCGGCUGACUGGAAGGCAUACCCGUUAACCUGGCAGGGCUGGGGGCAGCGGGCAGUCUUUCAGGAUAACUACUAUACAAAGCUGGUAGCACGUCGUAGUAUAUACACCAAGUGCCUUGGUAUGGUCGUUAAUCUGACAGGGUCGGAGGCAGCGGCGUAAUCAAGCUGGAGAGUCGUUUACUACGAUGGAGCUAGUUCUUAAAUCAUGGUCGUUAUCCUGGCAGGGCUGGGUGCAGCGGCGAAGAUUUGGAUGGCUCGCAUAUUGGAUUCUCCCGAUUGGCGUUACAAUCAUAGGGAGCAGGCGUUAUUUCCAUUCAUCUUACGACUUGUCUUUAUAGUAGUCUUUUCAUUAUAGAUACCCCGGCAAGCUUAUACUCUGCUCGCCACAGUACAAUAUAUACCCACCU